ACGUUAUAUACUAUGUCAUCAUUGAAAGCUAGCUCCGAGGCGUUCAUGCACACACCAUCGCAACUAGUUGAACAAAUCAUCAUAUGCUACCAACUACUCGAUAAUAUCACAUAUCGAUGAGUAUGAUCCAUUCCGCUCUCUACGAACCAUCAAGAUAAGCAAAUUUUUACCUAAAACUCAUCCAACCCACCCAUUUUCUCACCUUGGCAAGCAAAAUGCACGCGAGAGAAGAAAGCGCGUGAAGAGCAUAGGAUAGGUUGGCAAAGGGCAAAUAAUCCAAUCCCACGAAGCGCAUCCCCACAUUACAGACACCUCACUAAUCAAUUGCUUAACUUCCCCCAUUUCUCUCUUUUUCCUCUUCUUCUUCCUCACGAUUUUUGAUUCACUUCAAUCACUCGCUCCAAAACCCACUCCCCAUUCAUCUCUAGCCAGAGCAGCCACCACCACCAUUCCAUUCCCCACACGCCCUCUCAGCGCCUUCCCCAAAAGUUGCAGACAGAAAGAACCCAGUAGUAGCAGGUUGCCAUGGUGGAGAACAGAACAACAAAUCAACGCUACCCAUUUCCAAUUUCAGCAUAAAGUCGAUUCCUUUUUGCAGCUUUUCCUUCCCCUGAAUUCGUACCCGGUUCCGAUUCGAUGAUUGGGUUGUCUCGUGGUGUUGAUUUCUUGAUCAAAUGGUGACACUUAGUAACGCCUCUGCUUGCUCUUGGAUCCGUCACUUUCUCGAUUGUAUGGGAACAGUGGUUGUUUUGGAUGCUGCGGGAAGCCCACACCGAUAAUCGCUGUGGACGAGCCAGCGAAAGGAUUGAGGAUACAAGGCCGGGCAGUGAAGAAGCCUAGUAUAUCUGAAGAUUUCUGGAGCAGCAGCACCUGUGAGCUAGAUAAUAGUGCUAUGCAAUCUCAAAAAAGUGUAUCUUCAAUUAGUGCUUCAAACCCCAACACUAGCAGUGGUGGCACCAUGAGUGGCAGUACAACAGACUUUGUGAAUCAUGGUCUGCUUCUGUGGCAGCAGGGCAGGCUUCAAUGGACUGGGAGUGGUGAGUCUACCAGCAAUCAAACUCGUCAAACAAGUGGACCACAGUUGAGUUGGAAUGCAACUUAUGAAAGCUUGCUUGGAAGCAGGAACCCUUUUCCCCGGCCGGUCCCACUCUCUGUAAGUCCUUGACCUACUGAGUAGUAUUUUUCUGCAGCUCUCCUUGUAACGAUAAUCAUUUUCCGCUUCUGUUUUUCGGUUCCAGGAAAUGGUAGAUUUUCUAGUCGAUGUAUGGGAGCAAGAAGGUUUGUAUGACUGAAUGAAGAACAAAACUGCUCAAGUUUAGAGAUGCUUCAGAAUUGUACAUAUAUUUCCCCCCUUAAACAGUCCCCAUUUCUCUAGUAGACUUGUGUAAAUAGUUUCUGAUAAGAAACAGUUGAGAGGUAAAAAGGUAAAAAAAGAAAGUUAUUGAGAAAAAGGAAAGGGCUUAGCAAGUUUGAUCUUGCUAGUUGAUAUUCACUUCUUUGUGUUUGGUACUUGGUAAUCUACUCCCACCAAGAACUUCUCUUUUCUCCCUUACAAAUCUUGUAAAUGUGGCCAUUGAAACAACUGCAUUACUCUUCUUUUAUAAUUCAUCAA